CCUGAAAACUCCAGUAACUCAGAUCAUGUCUCAGCUAAAUCCAGUAAUGGAGUGGAUGCAUCAACGACAACAGAAAUGCCUUUGGGCCAGUCUGGUCAACAUAAGAGCCGAGUAUUAUCAGAAGACUCAGAGGGAACUAAUUUGCAGACAAAGACUGUGAUUCAGCAAGUGACUAAAAGUGAAAGCAAAGAUGAUGGCCUCCAGAAGCCAGAAAUGGGACGAGAGAACAAGGCGACAGCAUUCAAGAAGAGUACAUUUGCAACCGAGUCUGGAGAGCAGGAUCAUCAGAAGCCAGAAAAAGGUUCGAAUAUUGAUUCAGGUGAUAUGCCUGAUGCAAAAAUUCGGCAAUUUAGGGACCAGCUGAUAAGAGCAAAGGUCUUUCUUAGUCUUCCAUCUUCUAAAACCUACCCAGAAUUCAUCAGGGACCUUCGAGUACAGAUGAGGGAUACUGAGCGCACAAUUGGUGAUGCAACCUUGGACUCAGAAUUGCCAAAGAAUGCCCGUGAGAAACUGAAGGCAAUGGAACAAACAUUGUUGAAAGGCAAGCAAAUUCAAGAAGACUGCUCUGCGGUAGUCGAAAAGCUCCGAGCUUCUUAUCAGUCUGCAGAGGAACAAGUGCGUGUUCAGAAGAAACAAGAGUUGUUCCUGACACAAGUUGCUGCAAAAACCCUUCCCAGAGGUCUCCAUUGUCUUUCUUUGCAUCUUACCACACAGUACUAUUUACUUGACUCGAGCCAACAGCAAUUCCAACACCAAGAAAGGCUUGAAGAUCCUAAACUCUAUCACUAUGCACUGUUCUCGGAUAAUGUGUUAGCAACUGCAGUGGUUGUGAAUUCUACGGUGUUUCAUGCUAAGAACCCCAAGAACCAUGUAUUCCAUGUUGUUACCGAUAGACUCAACUAUGCAGCAAUGAAGAUGUGGUUUUUGGCUAAUCCGCCGGGGAAUGCAGCAAUUCAGGUUCAGAAUGUUGAGGAGUUUACAUGGCUGAACUCAAGCUAUAGCCCGGUUCUAAAGCAGCUUGGAUCUCAAUCUAUGAUAGAUUUCUACUUCAGGUUGCACCAUGCCAAGUCUGAUGGGAACUUGAAGUUCCGAAACCCAAAGUACCUGUCUAUCCUAAAUCAUCUGCGAUUCUAUCUCCCUGAGAUCUUACCAAAACUCAGCAAAGUAGUAUUUUUAGACGAUGAUGUUGUCGUGCAGAAGGACCUUACCUCACUUUGGACAAUUGAUCUUAAGGGAAAGGUUAAUGGUGCAGUUGAAACCUGUGGUGAAAGUUUCCAUAGGUUCGAUAGGUAUCUCAACUUCUCAAAUCCCCUUAUUGCUGAAAAUUUCGACCCUCAUGCCUGUGGCUGGGCAUUUGGGAUGAAUGUCUUCGAUUUGGAUGAGUGGAGGAAGCAGAACAUCAUUGAUAUCUAUCACCAUUGGCAGACACUGAAUGAAGACAGACUCUUAUGGAAGUUGGGCACUCUUCCACCAGGUUUAAUAACAUUUUGGAAGCGCACUUACCCCCUCGAUCGCUCUUGGCAUGUGUUGGGUUUGGGAUACAACCCAAAUGUGAACCAGCAAGAUAUCGAAGGAGCAGCUGCAAUACACUACAAUGGAAACAUGAAACCUUGGCUUGAAAUAGGGAUGGCCAAGUACCACAACUACUGGUCUAAAUAUGUGAACUACGACCAAGUUUAUUUGAGAGACUGCAGCAUCAAUCCUUAAGAACCAAAUGGUGUCUUCAAAUCCCGUCUAAUACAGGUUCAGCUUAUCUUUAGAUAUUAUGUUUGAUGGUCUUGUUCUACCUUUUUCUUUAAUUUGAUUCU